CUUUGGACCCUAAUGUAAAUGUAUCCGGCUACCAAAGUUACCCCAACCUGACAUAUUUGCACUUGUUGCCGCUUUGAGCAGGCAAAGCCCGGAAGCCUGACCAAUCCAACAAGGGCAAAUCGAGUGUUCGAUUUUUUUUCUUAUUACUUCUCCAUCCAAAGCAAGACAUGGGUCGUGGGGCCCUUCCCUCGUCCAUCGUUAUAGUUUAGACAACAGCUCGCAAUUUAUUUCCCCUUUUUCUUUCUGAAAACGAGGGACUUUUGUUCGGUUAGCCAAAUUCCCUAUCUUUGAAUUUUCUUAUAUAAAAAAAGGCCAAUAUCUUUGCUGGUAAUACGGGAAAUGAAGAGUUGUGCGAGUUGUUACCGGCCAGUGAUCGUGGGCAAGUCAAUUGAGAAGAAAGACAUCAGCUUUGUUUCGAUAAAUAGAAUAGCGUUCGGUGCUGGGAUUGUACCCCAAAGUAAAACUACAACUGCAAGGUCCAAGGGUUCAAGGGUUUUGGAUGUCAGAGUUUCUGUUGUUGAUUCCUAUGAGAGCUCUUCCGAUUUUGUUAAGCGUAUGGAAAAAGCUUGGGCCAUCUCUCAGCAACCAAAGCCAAUUGCUUGUUCUUCAUGCAACUCCAAGGGGCACGUUGAAUGCAAGUGGUGUGGGGGCACAGGCUUCUUUAUACUUGGGGAUAAUAUGCUCUGCCAAGUUCCUUCCAGAAAUACUAGUUGUGUAAUUUGUGCUGGGAAGGGAUCCAAGUGCUGCUUUGACUGCAAAGGAACUGGAUUUCGUGCCAAGUGGUUGGGUGAACCUCCUAUUUCCAAGUAGUGGGUAGCUUCUCCAUUUUUGCAUGUUACCAAGUUAAAAUGUUGUUGCCUGUAGGCUGCAAACCACCAUAAAAUUUGUUUACUAUGUCCAGUUGGAAUGGCAUACCUUCUUUGACUCCAAGUGCAAAUCACCCCAUGUAUUUUUUGUUCAUGUUUUUGUACGAUCUUGCCUCCAUAUGAAAAAGAAAAGAAACAAUAGUUGUUAAUUAUUGUUUGAAAUUUUCAUAAUGUUGAAUAAUUCAUUGUUUAUCGAGGCAAAAUUUAUUC